UUAUGGAGUUGAUCAAUGUAACUUUUGAACGGCUUAAUUCAGGAAGAAUAGCACGUACAAUGAUAAACUUCGAAUAAAAGAUCGUAACAUCAUUAAUACGUGGCGUAGGAUACAUUUUUAGCUGCUUGUGGUGUAUUGAAAAAUAUAGUUCGCGAUGAGAUAUUGAAGUUUGCAAACGGAUAACCAGAGUCAGAUUUUACAACAGUGGUACUUCGGUGACUGGCUUGUUACUCCCAUAACGGUAAAAACGUGACAGAUAUAUACAGGAGAAGUGAAGGAGCCAGAAGGAAGGGAAACCUGCACUUGUUCGCUUGCUUUCUUCGAGCCAUGAUUGGUAAUGCUUGUUAGUAUUUGUCUAACUGUUGCAUCGGAAGCUUUGCAACUUUGUUUUCUUCGAUAGUUUCGUUUUCCAAAAGUACUGUGCUAUCACAUUAUAACCAGAAUAAUAUCCUUGAAAAUACAAGUAAAAUAAAUCCUUCGGCGAGUGACUAUAAAAAUGGAUUGGCAGUGGUUCAAUAUCGUUUUUUUAUUCUAUAUAAUACUAAAUGUUACUGCAGAACAAUACUAUAGCAUAAUAGCUCCAAAAGUAAUACGACCUGAUUCAGAAUAUCAUGUAGCUGUAAGUAUUACUGGUGUAUCAACACCAUCAACAAUAUAUAUUGAACUGUCUGGGUCAUUCGACAAUAAUUCAAGAAUAGGAGAAGUAUUCAAUAUAUCUCAAGUUACACAUGUGCAACCAUACAGUACAAGAAUUUUACGAUUUGAAAUUGAUGAUAUUAUUCCUGGUAAAUAUGAAUUAAUUGCACGUGGUUUAUCAGGAAUAGAAUUUUCACAGUCAAAGUCAAUAGAAUUUAUUCCUAAAAGUUAUUCAGUCUUUAUUCAAACUGAUAGAGCAAUUUAUAAACCGGGAAAUAAAGUUAUGUUUCGAUGUAUUUUGUUGGACUCCAGACUUAGGCCAACACUUGAAAGAUUAGUAAACAUCUAUAUUGUAGAUGGUAAAGGAAAUAGAAUUAAACAAUGGAAUCAUCCACCUGUAACCUACGGAAUUUUUAAUGCGGAAAUCGAAUUGUCUGAGUACCCAGUUUUAGGUACCUGGAAAAUUACAGCAAAUGUUGGUGAUCAAACAUUUGAAAAAGAUUUUGAAGUUGCUGAAUAUGUAUUACCUAAUUUUGAAGUGAUAAUUGAUGCUCCUAAACAUUUCACAUUUAAGGAAUCAAAAAUCACUGCAACAAUCUAUGCCAAGUAUACUUAUGGUAAGCCAGUGAAAGGAGAAGCAACUGUUACAGCAUAUCCUGAUAUAUUUUCUGAUGUUAUCCAACCAAUAUACCAACAGCCUAUACGAAAAGUAAUUCCAAUAAAUGGGAAAAUAGUUGUUGAUUUUGACAUUCAUGAUGAAUUAAGGCUUACUGAUGAAUAUGAAAGACCAGUUAUGCUUGACGUUACAGUAGAAGAAUCUUUAACUGGUAGAAGACAGAAUACUUCUGCACAUAUAACCUUACAUAAACAUAAAUACACAAUGGAUUUGAUAAAAACAUCAGAAUACUAUAAGCCAGGGUUAAAGUAUACAGCAUUUAUAAAAUUAACAUAUCAUGAUGGAACACCAGUGAGAGAUAACAAAAAUUUUGUUAUGGUAAAAUAUGGGUAUACUUACAUUACUGAUAAUCAGUCCACAUACACGAAUAUUACUGGUAUGUUGGAUGAAAAUGGAAUGGUAAAGUUGGAUUUUUAUCCACCAAAAACUAAUGAUAAUAUGUCAUAUCCUUUAAACAUAGAGGCUCAAUAUUUAAACCUUCAUGAAUGGUUCCCUUCAACAAACCAAGCUAUGUCUCAGAAUAAUGAAUAUAUACAAGCUGUUUUGAAAACUGAAAAACCUAUGGUUAAUCGAGAUGUAGAAAUUGAAGUAAAUUCUACAGCUCUAUUGAAAUAUAUUAAUUACGAGAUAUUUGGACGUGGCGAUAUAUUGGAUGCAGGUUCUAUAUAUGUACAAAAUAAAUAUACAACAAGUUUUAAGUUCUUAGCAACAUAUGUCAUGGCUCCUACUGCACAUGUAAUUAUAUAUUAUAUAGGAAAUGAUGGAGAAAUCAUCGCAGAUGCCUUAGAUGUUGAACUAGAAGGACUACUUCAAAAUUUUGUUGAUAUUAAAAUGGCAUCUGAAGAAGUUACACCAGGAGAUAAUAUCAAUUUAGUUAUUACUUCAAAACCAAAUUCAUAUGUUGGAUUAUUAGGUGUAGAUCAAAGAUCUAUUCUUUUAAAAUCUGGGAACGAUAUUUCAUAUGAACAAGUAUAUAAAGAGUUGAAAUCAUAUGAUAAUAAUCAUGAAUCACCUUAUGCAAACUCGGUUUUUGAUCGAUAUUUAUGGAAUCCUGGUUCAGCUACAGCAAAAGAUGUUUUCAGAGAAAUCGGUGCCAUCAUCAUGACAAAUGCCUAUGUCCAUGAAAAUUUUCAAAUUCAAAAAUCGGGAAUACUGGAGGGUAGAAUAACAGGCUCACCUCAUGGGGCAUCCACACUUCGACCAGACCUUGGUCCACCUGUUACGCACAAACUAGCAACAAGACCACCACUGGCAGGUCCUUAUGCCUUCUCUCGCAUCCCACCUCCUGUUUGGAAUAAGCCCCGUGUAUUCCUAAUGCAUGACAUCUUAAACACCUGGCUUUUUACAAACUUUUCUGCAGGAUAUGAGGGAAAAAAUGAGCUGAAAAGAAAUGUACCAGAUUCAAUUACAUCAUGGGUACUCACUGCAUUUUCUGUAAAUGAUGUUCAUGGAUUAGGCCUUAUAGAAGAACCACGAAAGUUAAAAGUUUUUAGACCAUUUUUCAUCUCUAUGGAAUUUCCUUACUCUGUGAUUCGAGGAGAGAUUGUUGCAAUCCAAAUUGUGGUGUUCAAUUAUAUGAACAAAAAUGUUGUAGCUGAGGUUCUGUUAACAAAUGAGGGUCAGUUUGAUUUUGCAGAAAUGUCCAACGAAGUUCAGGAUGUACCAAAAUUAGAAUUGUAUCGUAAGAAAAAGGUAGAAGUGAAAGCUAAUUCCGGAAGCAGUGUAUCUUUUAUGAUUAUUCCUCGAGACUUGGGAUACAUUACAAUUAAGGCAACUGCAAAUAGUAUAUUAGCUGGAGAUAGUGUUGAGCGUAAAUUACUUGUUAAAGCUGAAGGAGAAACUCAAUAUGUAAACAGGGCUACUUUCAUAGAUCUUAGAAGUACAACAAAUACAUCGAUGAAUAUUACAAUUGAUAUACCUAAAAAUGCUGUACCAGGUUCAGAAUAUAUUGAAAUAUCUGCAGUAGGCGAUAUUUUGGGUCCAAGUAUUAUGAAUUUGGCAAAUUUAAUUAAAUUGCCAUCUGGUUGUGGAGAACAGAAUAUGUUAAAUUUUGUUCCAAAUAUAAUGAUAUUAAAUUAUCUCAAAAAUACAAAUCAAUUAACACAUGCAGUAGAAAACAAAGCUCUUCGAUAUAUGGAAAUAGGCUAUCAAAGAGAAUUAACUUACAGACAUAAUGAUGGAUCAUUCAGUGCAUUUGGCAUGUCAGAUAGUAAUGGAAGUACAUGGCUUACUGCCUUUGUGGCAAAAGCUUUUAAACAAGCUGCUGCAUACAUCCCAAUUGAAGACAGAAUAAUAGAUGAAGCUUUACAAUGGUUAUCAAAUAAUCAAGCUCCUAAUGGAAGUUUUCCUGAAGUAGGAAGAAUUAGUCAUCGAGACAUGCAAGGUGGAGCUGCAAAAGGUCUUGCAUUAACAGCAUUUACUCUUAUUACUUUUCUUGAAAAUUCAGACUCUAAUGGAAAAUACAGAAACACUAUAAAUAAAGGAAUUGAUUACAUUGUUCGUAAUAUGAAUGAUCUAAAUGAUACUUAUGCUUUGAGUAUAUGUACAUAUGCUUUAAAUUUAGCAAAACAUCCAUAUGAGACUGCAGCAUUUAAUUUGCUAGAAUCUAAAGCCAUGACAAAAGAAGAUAUUAAAUGGUGGAGCAAACCUAUACCAACAAACGAUAAAAAUCCGUGGUAUCAUUCUCUACCACGAUCUGUCGACGUUGAAAUGACAUCCUAUACUUUGUUAACUUAUAUAAGGCGUAAUUUAAUCGCUGAUUCUAUACCCAUAAUGAAGUGGCUUGUAAAACAAAGAAAUGCUGAAGGUGGUUUUGCAUCCACACAGGAUACCGUAAUUGGAAUACAAGCCUUGGCGAAGUUAGGUGAAAAAUUAGUAACAAAAACUAAUGCCAUUUCUAUAAUAUUCCUGUACGAAGGAGGUGGACAAAGUCAAAUGAAUAUAAAUCCUAACAAUUCCAUGAUACUUCAAAAACAAAUGCUUCCAAAGAAAACACGCCUGAUUGGUAUAACAGCCACCGGAAAUGGAUUUGCUUUAGUUCAAAUUACAUACAAAUAUAAUCUAAAUGUAACUGGAGCAUGGCCACUGUUUACUUUGGAUCCUCAAGUAGAUAAAAAUUCCAAUGCUAAUCAUUUGCAACUUUCAAUUUGUUCUGGAUUUGUUCCGACUAAGGAAGCAAACGAAAGUAAUAUGGUUGUGAUGGAAGUCAGUUUACCUUCUGGUUUUACAGUAGAUAAGGAAUCAUUACCUAGUCUUGAAGUGUCACAAAAUGUAAAACGAGUAGAAACUAAGGACGGAGAUACGGUCGUAAUAUUAUACUUUGAUGAGAUGAACAGGCAAGAAUACUGCCCUACAGUGUCCGCAUUCAGGACACAUAAAGUGGCAAAACAGAAACCAGUACCAGUUACUAUAUAUGAUUAUUACGAUUCAUCACGAAGAGCAAGAGUAUUUUAUGAGCCACGAAAAGCUACACUUUGUGAUAUAUGCGAGGAUGAAGAUUGUGAAGAUUUAUGUGUAUUGCAACCUGGUAAACAAAAGGAUUCUCCGCAAUCUGCUGCUUCACAUUUAUCAACUUGUACAUAUUUCCACUUGCUUUUUACUUUAUUUUACAUUACAUACUUUGGAUAUUUGUAACUCUAUAGCUUCUUAACAAAAUUUUACAUAACUUUUUUAUGAAAUACAAUGAGGAAGCUUUGUAUAAAUAAUAAUUUACAACCAAAGUACUUACAUUAUAUAAAAGAACCAAGCUCUUUUAAUGUUGAAGUAUCGUAAUCUAUUUAAAUGAUUAUUAUUUAAAUCUUAAGUAACAUAAUCUUGAAUCACUUAAAAUUAAUGUUCAGAGCUUAUUAUAUAUAUAUAUAUAUAUAUAUAUAUAUAUAUAUAUAUAUAUAUAUAUAUAAUUUUAUUUUAAAUAAUAUACUAAACACAAUUUAAAAUAUUGCACUUUAUUCAAUCAAUUGUUCACACAUUUUUGUUGUAUUCUAAUAUUUUUUAUAUUAGAUUAAAUAUACCUUAUUGUUAUUGAUAGCA